AUGUCUCUUCAGAGCUGGGAGCGCCAAGCUCAGAAAGGCCGAGAUAUCCUCGACAACUCCAUCCCUAAACAAUGGCUUCUCCCAGCGGACAAAUUGCCGCUGCCCACACAAAAGAAUGUGAUCGCGUUCCCCAAGCAAAGCGGUUUGCUCAGUGACCGUGAGCUUACUAUAACGGAGAUGUCCGCAACUGAGCUGCUCAAUUUCGCAACGGAGUUCCUCGCCGAUGAGGCAAUUGCUCGUGCCAAAGAGCUCGAUGAAUACUACCAGCGGACGGGGAAAUUGAUCGGACCUUUGCACGGCGUACCAAUCAGUGUGAAAGAGCACAUUGGGCUCAAGAAUAAGACCUGCAACACUGGAUAUGUCGCUUGGGUUGACAAGGUAACCCCAGAAGAUGCACACUUGAUUCAAUUACUAUCAAAGGCCGGCGCAGUCUUCCACGUUCGUACAAACCAGCCUCAAUCUCUGAUGCACCUCUGCUGCAGCAACAAUAUCACCGGCACAACCGUCAACCCACACAACCGCACCCUGACACCAGGUGGCUCCUCUGGCGGCGAGGGUGCCUCCAUGGGUUUCAAAUGCGCUCCUCUGGGCAUCGGCACUGAUAUCGGAGGAUCAAUCCGCUGUCCAGCCGCGUUCUGCGGUGCCUACGGAUUCCGUCCUUCCACAAUGCGUAUGCCGAUGGCCGGAAUUCAAGUCGCUGCUUUAGGUCAAGAGACCAUUCACGGCGUCGUGGGCCCGAUGGCAAGCACCUCCCUUGAAGAUUGUGCACUAUUCUCAAAGGCUGUUCUGGACCAAGAGCCAUGGACUGUCGAGAGGACAUUAGUCCCUCUGCCGUGGAAGACUGUCAACCCGACACGAGAUGUGACUAUUGCCAUUAUGUGGGAUGACGGUGGCUAUUCCGUGUUUCGAUCGUCCAUCCCCAUCCCCCCAAUCACCCGAGCCCUCCGACUCGCCCGCAACAAGCUCACUGCAGCCGGUAUCAAAGUCGUAAACUGGGACCAGUACAAACACGCCGAAGGCUGGGAUAUUAUCUCAACCCUCUACUACCCGGACGCCGGCUCUCGACAACGAGAAAUGCUCCGCGCCUCAGGCGAGCCCAUCCGCCCAUUAACAGAAUGGGCUCUUUCCUACGCCCGCCCAACGGCCCUGACCCACCCCGAAGCCUGGGAAUACCAAUACAAGCGCGACGUCUUCAUAGAUGAGUACCAUGCUGUUAUGAAGUCGCGCGGCGUGGACUUUAUCCUCUCGCCGCCUUACCCGGGCGUCGCGGCUGUGAUGGGUGAGUCGCAGUAUUGGAAUUACACUGCUAUUUGGAACCUGGUUGAUUUGCCUUCUGUGGUGUUUCCCUCUGGCUUGACUGUUGAUCGGGAGUUGGAUGUGGUUGGAGAGGAGAGUGCGUAUGUUCCUAGGAGUGAGGUUGAUGAGAGGGAGUGGAGGAAGUAUACGGGUCCUGAAAGGUUUGAGGGCGCGCCUGUUGGGUUGCAGCUUUCGGGGGGGAGGUUUAUGGAUGAGGAGGUUUUGGCUGUUGCGGGGGUUGUGGAGGGAAUUCUUAGGGAUGAAUGGAAGGUUAGUAAGCUUUGA